CGGAAGGAGGGCAGCGAUAGAGCUCGGAGACCUUCCCUUCCCCGGGACCAGCACGUCCUCGCGUGCGCUUGCGCGGAAGGAAGAUCAGGAUUGGUUUGUGUAGCACAGUCUCAGCCAAUCUGCAUGCGCCGGGGGCGGGCCUUAGCGCUCUGACAGUCUGUGCGGCGCGCGUUUCUCCCAGCCAUGGCGUCGGAACUGGUGCGGCGCCUCGCCCCGCGCCUCGGCCUUGCGGAGCCGGGGGUCCUGAGGAAAGCAGAGGAGUACUUGCGGCUGUCUAAGGUGAGGUGCUCCAGUCUGUCUGCACACAGUUCAGAAACCAGCAGUGCUGUCAUAUGCCUGGACCUUGCAGCGUCCUGCAUGAAGUGCCCCUUGGAUAGAGCUUAUUUAAUUAAGCUCUCUGGCUUGAACAGGAAGAUGUAUCAGAGCUGUCUUAAAUCUUUUGAGUGUUUACUGGGAUUAAAUUCAAAUAUUGGAAUAAGAGACCUAGCUGUACAGUUCGACUGUACAGAAGCAGUGGACAUGGCUUCAAACAUACUGCAAAGCUAUGAGUCCAGCCUUACCGAAGCACAGCAGGCAGAUCUCGACUUGUCCAGGCCACUUUUCACCACCGCUGCACUACUGUCGGCAUGCAGAAUUCUGAAGCUAAAAGUGGACAAAACUAAAAUGAUAACUACAUCCGGUGUGAAAAAAGCAAUAUUUGAUCGGCUAUGUAAGCAGUUAGAGAAGAUUGGGCAGCAGGUUAACAGAGACUCUGGAGAUUUAGCUAGUCCAGCACUGAAGAAAAAGAAGCCAUUGGUUGAACUACCAGCAAAAGAACUAAAAGAAGUAAUAGAAACCCCACAUAAACCACGGAAAGAUGAAGGUCUGACACAGGAUUAUGAGGAAUGGAAAAGGAAGAUUUUAGAAAAUGCUGCCAAAGCUCAAACAGCCAUUGCAGAGUGAGGUCUGGAAGAUGAAGGGCAAUCUUGUCUAAACUUAUAUACAGGGCAUGCUGAGGAUCGUCUCAAUAUGGAAGACACUAGCAUAGACUCCUCACAUGGGAAUAGAUCAGCCAUACCACCUGGGUAGACUCGGGGCUGUCUUUUCCUGAGGGAGGGAAUUGGGACCAUUUUGCUUCUCU